CGUAGUAAUAGUUUUUUUUUAGUAGCAUGCAGAGAUCUAGAAUCUAGAGCUCUAGAUCUAGAUCUAGAAAACUAGGUCUUUCUAGCUAUGCUGCUAUAGAUCUAGGCUACUUAGAUCUAUAGCUAGGAAGAAAAUAAUCUAUUUAUUAAUAAUAGUAUAAUAAUAUUAAUAAGCCAAAGUGAACAACAAUAAUACAACAUGGCAGAAGGUCUAGAUCCAGAAAAUAUUUUCAUGCUCUUGCAAGAGAAAUUGGGGAUUGGAGUUACCUCUGCCUUUGAUGCCAACAUCAAAUCUUUCAAGAUGGAUAGUGAAAUGCAGGAAAUUGUCAGAAAUACUCUUGAGUCUUUGGAGACAAAGAAUCUCUCAAAUGGCUCACCAGGAGAUAGCGGUGAAGGCUGUCUUGAAGCUGUAGAAGAAGAAUCAACAAACAUUGCGUCAUUAAAGAUAGCUAAUUCAAUCAAAUACUCAUACCACUGUGAUCCAGAAGAGAUGCUCGACAUGAAUCAAAUUAUAAAACUGGGGCAUGAAGUUAAAAAGAUCACACCAGAGUACUCACGUAUGCAAGCAAUUAGAAAAAAUCUUCCCACAUGGAACCAUAGAAAUCAAAUCUUGGAUUUUAUUGCAGAGAACCAGGUGGUCAUCAUUAGUGGACUUACUGGCUGUGGCAAGUCAACCCAAGUGCCGCAGUAUAUACUGGAGGAAGCCCUGCAAGAAGAGGAGUUUGCAGCAAACAUUGUGUGUACCCAACCCAGAAGAAUCUCAGCCAUGUCUGUGGCCAAGCGUGUUGCGGAAGAAAUGGCCGAACCCUUAGGGGGUCUAGUGGGGUACCAAAUUCGCCUAGAAAGCAAUACGUCCAAUCAAACUCGACUUCUGUUCUGCACUAUUGGUAUACUCUUACGUCGGCUGGAGGGUGAUCCCACAUUGGAACAUGUUUCACAUGUAAUCAUCGAUGAGGUUCAUGAGAGGUCUUCUGAAAGUGAUUUUCUUCUGAUGAUUGUGCGAGAUAUCCUAAAAGUCUGCAAAAAUCUGAAAGUUAUAUUGAUGAGCGCCACCAUGAAUACUAGUCUGUUCUCAGAAUAUUUUGGUGUUUGUCCAAUUUAUGACAUUCCAGGGCGUUUGUUUGAGGUUGAACAAUUUUUUUUGGAAGAUGUGAUAGAUCAAACAAGUUAUGUCAUGGAGAUGGACUCACACUAUGCUCGCCCAAGAAGUGAAACACGCCACUUCCAUGACCUUGACCGUCAGCUGCACACCAGCUCAGGAAGGUCGGACGAGGCAAAGCCCACUCUGCCAGAUGCCAAGUUAAGUCCCCAACAGUUGAAGGCAAGAUACUCAGGGCUGAAAACUUCCUCCCUCAAAACUCUGGCAGCAAUGGAGUGUGAGAAAAUUAAUUAUGAGCUGAUUGUCCAUUUGAUUGAGUGGAUAGUGAAACAGGACAGACAGGUUCCAGUUAAAGGAGCGAUCCUGGUCUUCCUGCCUGGUUACCAGGAGAUCCAAACCCUCUAUGACCUGAUCUUUGAGUGCAAAGAGUUCUCCAGGAAUUCAUUGAAUUUUAAGAUAAUUCCUUUGCACUCAUCGCUAUCAUCUGAGGAACAAUAUUCGGUGUUCUUAAAGCCGGAAGAGGGUGUGACAAAAAUAGUCUUGUCAACUAACAUAGCUGAAACGUCCAUUACCAUAGAUGAUAUUGUGUAUGUGAUUGAUACAGGGAGAAUGAAAGAAAUGAGGUUUGACCAGGUGAAGAGCAUGGAGAGCCUGGACAUGGUGUGGACAUCCAGGACCAACACCCUGCAGCGGAUGGGCAGGGCGGGCAGGGUGCAGGCGGGCAAGUGCUUCCACCUGUUCACGUCCUACCGCUACAGGUAUCACCUGCUGGAGCAGCCUGUGCCAGAAAUCCAACGAACUUGUCUGGAACAGCUGGUCUUAAGGACCAAGGUCAUGACCUUGUUCAAGAACCAAGACAUCCAGAAAGUUCUGCUUGGAUUGAUAGAACCACCCCCUCCUGAAGCAGUGGUAGGAGCUGUGAAAAGAUUGACAGAUCUUGGUGCCCUUGACAGCAAUCAGGAGUUAACUCCCUUGGGUUACCAUGUAGGCUCCCUACCUGUGGAUGUCAGGAUUGGGAAACUAAUGUUGUUUGGUGCGAUAUUUAAAUGUCUGGACUCGACCUUGACCAUGGCAGCAACCCUGAGCUUCAAAUCUCCAUUUAUUUCACCAUUCAACUGUAAGAAAGAGGCCACUGACAAAAAAAAAGAAUUUUCUACGUCAUUUUCAGAUCAUUUGACAAUGCUGAAAGCUUAUGAGGAGUGGUACAAGGCAAGGGCUGUAUCCAGCCACAAGGCAUCUACCUUCUGUAAAGACAAUUUCCUUUCACACAGAACACUUCAGAUGCUAACUAGCCUGAAGCACCAAUACGUGGAGCUGCUGUCCAACAUUGGCUUCAUCCGUCCAGGCAUCAGACAGAGGGACGUGUUGAUGCUGUCAAACAAGGCGUCUGAUGGCGUCAAGCUGGUCACAGGAGAGGAGGCUAAUGUAAAUUCAGACAAUACAGCUCUACUGUCUGCCAUGUUGGUAGCUGCCCUCUACCCCAACGUUAUUGAAAUUAUCACUCCAUUAAUCCGAUCCUACAGAGGAUCUCGUUACCAGUUUAAAACCAAAGACCAUGAACUGGUCAACAUUCACCCAUCAUCAGUAAACCACAAACAGAUCACAUUCCCUGGACACUACCUCGUCUACCAUGAAAAAGUUAAAACAAGCAAGGUCUACCUUCGGGAUUGCACUGUGGUUUCCCAGAAUUCUUUACUGCUGUUUGCUGGCGGUGGAAUAACCAUAAAAAAUUCUUAUGGCAGGAUUUUAGUUUAUGUAGACGACCUCAUUCGAUUUCAGACAGCAGACAGAAAGGGUGCGGAGCUGAUCAGAGAUUUAAGGACAGCCCUGGACCAUCUCCUCUCCCAGAAGAUCUCCCAGCCUGACCUUGACCUUCAGACCUACCCCAACGGGAAGAAGGUCAUUGACUGUAUUGUCAAUCUGAUAACAGACCACCAUUUUGAAUACGAUUAGCUGUAGCAGGUGACAAUGUUAUUGUUAUGGUUUAUCUUUAUAGAGGGUUUAUGUUUAAAUAUUUUUAUCUAAUUGAAUUUAUUUUAGUGCAUAAAUAUGAUCUCUUAUUUGUAGAAUAGUAAAAUACAUUACAUAGACGGCUUAGUAAGUUAUGAUUAAUUAAAGGAUAAAACUGGACUUAAUUCGAAUAAAAUUAGUUAUGUCAACAAAGUAAUAAAUAAAAACUUGUGUAAAGAGGACUUUGUUCAAAAGGGUAGAUGAAGCAGAGUUUAUCUGUUUUGUUGGUGAAGGGGAUCUAGUGAUUAUGUAGUGGUAGAUUGUAUUACUAACUGUACAUUCCUGGGGACUGAAGGACACUAACUCUUCAAGGGACUGAAGGGCACUAACUCAAUCAGGGGGCUGAAGGGGAACUAACUUAAGCAGGGGACUGAAGGACACUAACUCAAUCAAGGGACUGAAGGGGAACUAACUUAAGCUGGGGACUGAAGGGGAACUAACUUAUCAAGGGACUAAAGGGGAACUAACUUAAACAAGGGACUGAAGGGGAACUAACUUAAGCAGGGGACUGAAGAUGAACUAACUUAAUCAAGGGACUAAAGGGUCCACUAAUUUAAGCAGGGGACUGAUGGUUUAUCUGGCAGAUGAAGUUGAAGUCCUCCACUGAAUCUCAGUAGAAUCUUGCAGUCAUAGUUUGACUGUGAUUAGAACUGAACGCUUUCAGUCCCUCCUGAUCUCUAUAUGAAAAGUUAUUUGCGUAAAAAAGUUACAUUUGAGUCUUUUACUAAAACAAUAUUUAUAGUUGAACUCAAUUUGUACAUAUCCUUCUUUGUGAUCUAAAAAUUUUUAACAGUUUUAUAUUUUUAACUCAAAUGGUAAAUGGUAAAACUGCAUUUGAUUGAACAAUCAAAACAAAAUUUGUAUGAUUGUAAACAACUUUAAAUACAUGUUUCAUGAAAAAUAUAAUGUUGGUGAUAAGCUCAAGUUUCUAACAAAUGCUCUUUCAUUCAAUUCUUUCCAGAGGUGCUUUUGUAAAAUUAAUUUGUAAAGCAUCAAUUACCUGUAUAUUUGUUGUUGAUUACAUGCUAUUUUGU